AUGAGCGACCCAUCCCCCUCAUUCUCCACGACGGGUUCAGACUCUGGAUCGGCUUCCAUGGGCUAUCAAUAUGCAACGACCUCUCCAGGAAUGGAUUCGUCUGGCAAUGUGAUGCCCAGUUUCCAGCAUUUUCCCCGGAACCACACACAAUCAGGUUCACCGGCUCCCACACAGUCAACAACCUCAGAGGCUCCGUCAAAACCAGCGUCCUCCCGAUCGACGUCCACCCCAGAUGUCCCAGGACAGGAAACAACGGACGCUGCCGCGCUUGCUCUGACGGCAGAGAAGAGGAGGAACAAGUUGGGCUACCAUAGGACUUCUGUAGCGUGCGGCCAUUGCCGUCGUAGAAAAAUUAGAUGCAUUCCUGCUCCGGCCGAUCCACAGAACCGAUGCUCAAACUGUAUCAGGCUGAAGAAAGCAUGUAAUUUCUACCCGGUCGAUCAGCAGCCUCAAGCAGAAAACAAGCGCAGGAGUUCUAGGGCUCCAAGCGGCACUGGGAUCGCUUCAGAAUCAUCGUCACCAUCGACCACGUCUGGUCAACUACCAGAGGUACCGCCUAACCUUCCUUUCUCUCACUUGAACAUGCCACCAAUACAGGAUAUUGGUGGGCCUCAGAUGAACCGACAGAGGACCGAAAGCUUCUCCCCCCCGGAAAAUGAAGCUGUCACAACGCGCAACUUUGAGUACGGCCACGGGGUAACCAACUGGAUGGCCCCUGAUGCUUCUCCUAAUACCAAAUCUCAAGCAGACUUACCACCACAAUCGUACUGGCGGGUGAACCCCCAGGACUCCCCCCUGACCCCCGCAUUUUCUCCGUUCACUCCGGUCCCUGCGCAGACCUGGCCGAGCACUCACCCAGAUGCUAGUCCAAGGGACGAACUGUCGUGGUCCGCCCACCAACGCUCCAUCUCCUACAGUAACCUCGAAGGCCUUCAAGGAGGCCAGCCCCAAUACGUUCCUUUUCCUAACCCACCGCAUGCGCAACCUUCUUCACACUCAGGCACAUACACAACGAAACCCCGGCAGAUGCACACCACCGACCUGUAUCCGCCCCCAAACAGCAGCGACCAUCCCCAACCGCAUUCCACGGGUGCCUUGCCGCAAGGCCAGUACCCGCAUUGGCAGCAGCCAUAUCAGUACCAGAAACCCGAAACCUACGCGUGGAGCGGGCCGCAUGGCGCACCAUACCAGGUCCCUGAGCAGGGGCAAGCGGCGCCUCUGGGCUAUGGAUAUGGAGAUCCAGCAGGGGCGGGGUAUUUUCCCCCGCCGCCUGCGCGAUAA